CAUUGGUAGUAGUUAGUGUAGCUUUGGCGUGUUGUUAAAGGAGCUCAACAAUCUUAGCACCAUUGUCAACUCCCGCCACGCUACUUGGGGAGCAGUUGGGGAUCAUUUGUCUUUUUAACUACUUUUAAGUCAUUGUAAUUUGCAACCACAUUUCCAAUUUUCUCCUAUAACCCUGUCUUGCCCGCUAGAUCUGUCUGUCAAUUAGAGCUUCCUUGACUCUCUAGAUGAAACUACAACAGUUUCUUGCGAAUUGAGUGGCGAUCGAGGGCUAAAACUUCCAAUGCAGACCAGAAAGAUCCAAGAGUUGUUUUGCAGUAAUCAAGCAUCUUACAUGUUGAGUAUUGUUAGAAGAAAACUCUGGCAGCUUUGCUCGAGAAUAAGGUGGCUGAUAAGGAAGCGACCAAGGCCGAAAGUUAUCAUCAGGAGGUUGGGGAGGUUGAACUCUAAAGGUCAACGAAAAGGAGAUGUUGGCACCAAGAAUUCCAACAUUCAUUUAUAUGGAAACUUGGGUUUUUCUAAUCCUAAAAGGCCAAUAAGAAUUGCUACAUUUAAUGUCGCCAUGUUCUCUCUUGCACCUGCCAUUUCAGAAGCUGAGGAAGCAGGUCUAUUUAGUUAUGGAGAGGAGGAUUUUAUGGGAUUGAAAAGUCCACUCGAGUUCAACCUUCACACAAAGUCUCCAAAUUGUUAUCCAAAGAGUAUACUAAAGCAAUCUCCCUUGCAUAAUUCCCAUAGUAGUCCUGAAGGUCUCUCUAAGCAAAAGAAGCUCUCGAGAUCGAAACUCAAGGUUUCAAUCAACCUUCCUGACAAUGAGAUUUCAUUGGCACAGAGUAAACUGCUUGGCUUUGUCGAAGACGUAAAAGGGGGCUCAUCAGACAUGACCAACAGCCGAAUCAAUAAGGGCAAUGGUAUUAUGAGGUCCCCUGUUUGUUUGCCUUCAAGUAUGAUUAACUUCUGGAAUGAAGGGAGCUUGAAAAGUGGUAGAAGCAUUGCACAAGUGCUUAGAGAGGUGGAUGCUGAUAUCUUGGCUCUGCAAGAUGUGAAGGCACAGGAAGAAAAAGGCAUGAAGCCUUUAUCCGAAUUAGCUGCAGCCCUCGGGAUGAAGUAUGUUUUUGCUGAAAGUUGGGCUCCAGAGUACGGAAACGCUAUCCUGUCGAAAUGGCCAAUCAAGAGAUGGACAGUACAAAAGAUAGCCGAUGAUGACGAUUUCAGGAAUGUGCUUGAGGCCACAAUUGAUGUACCAUGGGCAGAAGAACUGAACUUCUAUUGCACCCAACUUGACCAUUUAGAUGAGAAUUGGAGAAUGAAGCAAAUAAAAGCAAUAACUGAAUCAAACUACUCUCCCCACUUAUUACUAGGUGGUUUGAACUCCCUGAAUGGACCAGAUUACUCAUCAGAAAGAUGGACCGACAUAGUCAAGUACUAUGAGGACAUAGGCAAGCCUAGACCAAGAACUGAAGUAAUGAAGUUGCUCAGGGGAAAAGAAUACACAGAUGCAAAAGACUUCGCCGGGGAUUGUGAACCAGUAGUCAUCAUAGCCAAAGGCCAAAAUGUUCAAGGGACAUGCAAGUAUGGAACACGAGUCGAUUACAUUUUAGCAUCAUCAAACUCUUCAUACAACUUUGUUCCUGGAUCAUACUCUGUCAUUUCAUCGAAAGGUACAUCAGAUCACCAUAUUGUUAAGGUUGAUAUUGUGAAAGGAAGUGAAAAAUCUCAGCAAAAUGUCAUCAAAAGACACAGAAAAUCUACCCCAAAGAUUAUACGAGUCACAAACUCAAGCUGCUCUGGAGGCAUAUGGAAAAUAAAUGCAUGA